CUAGUGGCAGCACCAACAUGGGGUCUCCAAUGGCCUCUCUUACUCUCACUCUUGCAUUAACAAUAAUCUCUCUCACCUUGCCACCUCAAAUAUGUGCAGACAACUACAUCUACUCAUCUCCACCACCACCACCUAAACCCUACUACUACCACUCUCCUCCACCACCAGUGCAUUCACCUCCUCCUCCUUACUAUUACCACUCUCCUCCACCACCACCACAUAAGAAGCCCUACAAGUACCCUUCCCCUCCCCCACCAGUCUACAAAUACAAGUCCCCACCACCACCCUACAAGUCCCCUUCUCCUCCACCACCACCAUACAAAUACCCACCACCUCCUCCUCCAUACAAGUACCCAUCACCUCCUCCACCACCAUACAAGUACCCAUCUCCACCAGGACCAGUUUACAAGUACAAGUCUCCUCCCCCACCAGUUUACAAAUACAAGUCCCCACCACCACCCUACAAGUCCCCUUCUCCUCCACCACCACCAUACAAAUCCCCAUCACCUCCUCCUCCAUACAAGUACCCAUCACCUCCUCCACCACCAUACAAGUACCCAUCUCCACCACCACCAGUUUACAAGUACAAGUCUCCUCCACCACCAGUUUACAAAUACAAGUCACCUCCUCCUCCUUAUAAGUACCCUUCUCCUCCACCCCCACCAUACAAGUACCCUUCUCCUCCACCACCAGUGUACAAGUAUAAGUCUCCUCCUCCACCAGUGUACAAAUACAAGUCUCCUCCUCCACCACCAAAGAAACCCUACAAGUACCCAUCUCCACCACCACCAGUUUACAAAUACAAGUCUCCACCUCCACCAGUUUACAAGUACAAAUCUCCUCCUCCUCCACCAAAGAAACCAUACAAGUACCCAUCUCCACCACCACCUGUUUACAAAUACAAAUCUCCACCUCCUCCCUACAAGUACCCGUCUCCACCACCCCCACCAUACAAGUACCCAUCACCACCACCCCCAGUUUACAAGUACAAAUCCCCUCCACCCCCAUACAAGUACCCAUCUCCACCACCACCACCAUACAAGUACCCAUCCCCCCCCCCCCCACACAAAUCCCCAUCUCCCCCACCACCGCCAUACAAGUUCCCAUCUCCUCCUCCACCCUACAAGUACCCAUCUCCACCACCACCACCAUACAAGUACCCAUCUCCUCCUCCUCCCUACAAAUACCCAUCUCCACCACCACCACCAUACAAGUACCCAUCUCCUCCUCCACCCUACAAAUACCCAUCUCCACCACCACCACCAUACAAAUACCCAUCCCCACCACCCCCAGUGUACAAAUAUAAGUCACCUCCUCCACCAGUUAAGCCCUACAAGUACCCUUCUCCUCCACCCCCAGUUUACAAAUAUAAAUCUCCUCCUCCUCCUGUUCACUCACCACCUCCACCACAUUACAUCUAUGCAUCCCCUCCUCCUCCAUAUCACUACUAGAUAGUGGUUUUGCAUAGUGUUUCACGUGGUUGUUUAUAAGGAAUAUGUGCCAAUAAAGAGCUAGCGUUGUUGAUAGCAUCAGGAAGAAGCACUUCACAACGGAAGCAAAGUUUCCGCGCGCGUUUUUGUCCCAUAAAAAGAAAGAAGUGUCACUCCUUUUCUCUUUCGUUUGUAUUGUUUAUCAUUUAUAUAUUAUUAUUGUGUUUUAUAGACAGUUGUAUGGCACUGCUUUGGUAUGCUGUCAAUGAAUUUCACAUGAAUUAUGCAUUUUGGUUUGCAACUUGUUGCACUUGCAAGGGGUUGUGAAUCCAAUUUUAUAAUAAAUAAAAAUGUUUUCUCACUUGCA